AUGCCCGUGCAGCUUCUACCGUUUCCAGUCUUCCGCUCCAUUGUUGGUUCCGUGGUUGAAGUAGACCGAGUUGGUGGUAUCGUCGAAGGUGACAUUGCCGAGACCGAAAAUGACGUGGGUGUAGGUGCCGCUUUUGCUGUUGAGAGCGCGUGUAGCUUCGUCCGACUUGCCAAUCUGAUACCCGUCCUCAGCGAACGUCGCAUGCGGGCCGUUAGUGUCAAAGGAUCUUACCCUGAGAUUGCGGACCCGGACUUUGGAGUACUCCUAUCUGAGAAUAUGUUUGACAUAAGUGGUACAUGGGCAAAUAUCUACCCUUUGCAACAAGUUUCUCACUGCGAACCUGUACCAGCGAUGUUAUUGAUAAACGCUUUCAAGUUCAUCUCUCAUCGAGCGGUGAACAUUGCUGCGAAGCUGUAUUCUUGUAAGGAUUGCGACCCCGACUAUCUCUUCGGAUUAGUUACCAGCGCAGUUGCGCUCGCAUCUUACCACGGAAUAGAGUUAAAACUUCUUUUCCUCAUCAGAAGAUCGUGCUGGUCAUUGAAGCUAUCCGCGACCAUUUGCCGGAUCAUCCAGCAUGGCAACGUUGCGCGGAGGACCUCGCAGUCGCACCUGACUUUACGGCCAUACUAUCUCGGCAAGAUCCCCCGACUAUAG